AUGAAGACUAUGAUUCUACUGUUCUGUCUUCUAGGACCAGCUCAGUCCUUGCCACAUCUUAGCCCCACUUUGGGACUUCAGCCAACAAAGCUGGCUCCAGACGAGGCAACACUGCCCACCCAGCAGCAGCCAAAUCAGGUCCUCCCUUCCAUAAGUCUAAUACCAUUAACACAAAUGCUCACGCUGGGGUCAGACCUGCGUCUGUUAAGUCCUGCUGCAGGGUUGGCACCUGGCGCCCAGGCCCACUCACCAUCUCUGGGGGGACUGAAUGCACAGCAGUUGCAGCCACAGAUGUUACCAAUUUUUGUAGCACAACUUGGAGCCCAGGGUACUAUCCUAAGCUCGGAGGAAUUGCCAGUGGCCCCACAAAUCUUCACAGGCCUCAUCAUCCAUCCACUGUUCCCAGGAGGCGUCCUGCCCGCCAGUCAGGCCAGGGCUAAUCCAGAUGUCCAGGGCGGAAACCUACCUGCAGGAACCCCAGAGGGCCACCUCACCACUCCCAGAGACGACGAUGAGUCUGGAGUGACACCCCCUGCAGGCAUCCGGAGGGGGACAAGCACUGCCCAGGACACCACCACAGAACUGCCAAAUGGAAUUCAGUAA